AUGGUUCUGUCCUAUCUAGAGCUGUUACUGCUGUCUGUAUUGGCAGUCAGUACACAUGGAUCGUCCAGUUUCUACGGGGAGUCGUUGUUUGGCUCGAAAACGCCUUAUUUCUGGGAGAGGGAUGCCAACCAGACAAUCGGCGUCGACUCCGGUAUGACCAUCACUCAUAACGGGAAAACAUGUACGGCAUUUUACAUGGACGCGCUGUUACGUCAUGGCGCCCGCUAUCCAAAAACACCCUACAUUGUAGAUAUGAAUACAAUAGUAACAAAACUUCGGAGUUUGCCGACAACAGCCACACAACACCCCUUCGUUAAUACAUGGGUUGACCGAUUUCCCAUGAAUCUGAACGCACAGCUCACAUCUCUAGGCAAGCAAGAGUCAUACACACUGGGGAAACGAUUCCUUUCUCGCUUCCAUUCUCUACUUCAGCCAGCCUCGGCCCGCCUCCAAUACUAUGCUAGCGACAAGAAGAGGACGCAAGAUAGUGCUAAUUACUUCCAGCAGGGUGUUACGGGGAGACAGAUGACAGAUGACUUCAGCAAUGAUACACAGCCUACCAUCGACAAUACCAUGCUACGAUUCUAUACGAAUUGCCAUGAAUACUCAGCCACUGUGCUCACCAACGAUUCGGCGAUAGAGGAAUUUUUCAAAUUCCAGCAAGGUCCAGAGUACACGGCCAUGAAGAAAGCUGUAAGCGACCGCAUCACGGCCGGACAUAUCAAUCUAACUAUUAGUGAAAUCCUUGUCAUUCACCAGUACUGCACCCUCGAGCUUGGUUUGUUUAAAACCUCUGAUUGGUGCUCUUUCUUCACCAAGGAGGACUUAGAAGUGAUUGAUUAUGGGACGGAUGUAUACAACUAUUGGUUGAAAUCCUAUGGCCACGUCAUUAACAGCGAGAUCACGUGCCCUAUGUUCGUGGAUGUGUUCGGAAACAUGGACAAAGCUAUUCAGGCGGACAGGGAAGGCCAGAGCUACACUGUGGGGACGUUCAGGUUUGGACAUGCUGAGACCUUACUCCCCAUCUACAGCGCCCUAUCCCUCUUCCACGACAGCACCCCUCUCUUGGCCAGCAACUAUAACGCUCACCGGAACCGGACGUACCGGACAAGCAAAAUUGCACCUUUUUCUGGUAACAUCUAUCCCGUUCUGUACAAGUGCGGCGAUGAGUUGGGAGACAUAUACCUGAAAAUGUUCGUGAACGAGGUGGAAACACCUCUUCCUGCGUGUGGCCUAAAACUUUGUCCUUAUUACUUGUUAAAGAGUGUGUACAGCGACGCCAUUAACAACUGUCGGUUUGAUGUCCUCUGUCACAAUAUCCACUCGACCAUGCCCUCGGCUGUAGUGGGAUAA